AUGGGAGGCUAUGGUGCUAUUGGGAGGGAUUCGAGAGGUAGGCCUGUUUUCGCAUUGGCUGGAGGGUUGCAAAAUGGUGAUGUUAUAUACAUGGAGCUUUUUGCUAUAAGGGCUGGUUUGUUGAAGGCAAGGACCAUGCAAAUACAGCAAGUGCAAGUGCGUUCGGACUCUAUGGUGGCAGUGCAAAUGAUUGUGGGAACGUUCCAACCACAUUGGGAAUUUCUAGGGUUGCUUGAGGAGAUUCGGAGUUUACGUGAUGGGUUUCGCAAUUGUAGCUUCAAUCACCAUGUUAGAGAGAUUAAUGGUUGUGCAGAUUUCCUAGCAGGUUUUGUACAUCAUGUAGAAGAAGUUGAUUUUUGUAUUACUUGUCUACCUGAAGCACUUUCCUCUCUUAUUAGGAAUGACGCUUCUAGUAUGACUUAUUACAGGUUGUAA